AUGGAAGAUGAAAGGACAAACAGAGAUGGAAAGAGGAAAACAAACACUUCUUUAGGAAGAAGAAGUUUAACUAUUGGUGGUGAAGGUGGAAUUACUGGACUUCUUGUGUUUGGUGGAGCCUUGGCCAUUGCAGGUUUCAUGGCUGUGACUUCUUUUGGAACCAAAAAACAUAAGAAAAAAAGCAUUCAUCCUCACCACCAACCAUAUGUCUUGGAUGAUGAUGAUAAAGACACUCUUCAAUAUUCAACAACCCAAUUUGGAGAUGAUGUCACAUCCUGUUUGACAUCCAAUGAGUGUGCCAAGACAGAUGAUUCCUCUGAGUUGCAACCCUUGAUUCUGGAGGAGAAAAUUGACAAUGAACCCAAUAGUGAUUGCUUUCAUCAUCAUGAAAUUGCAUUCUCUGACUAUUCUCAGCCAGAAAGUGCAACAUCUUCAACCGAAAAUAUGGUUGCAGAAGAAAGUUCGGAGUUGUUUAACAACUCCGGUGAUGACUGCGAACAAGAGGAAGAGAAGGAUGAAUCUGAAGAUAGCCUAAUAACAUCUACUGAAACAAAUGAUGAGGAUGAUGACAUGGACUCCGAUGAUGCUACGGAGGAGACUGGGGAAGAAGAUAGGUCAGAAGCAACAGAGACCACUUCCCUUGAUGACAAUGAGGAGUUAAUGGAACAUGAAUACAAGAAGUACUACUGUGAAAGCGAUGUUUGCAGUGACUUAUACGAAGAUGAUGGUUCCUACUAUGCUUCAAACAAGACAGCACCAAAAGAAGCAAUGUGGAACAAAACAGCAAGUUCCCCUGUGGUGCAGAAAGCUCAACCAUCAAUAUUGGCAACCUGGGUUAUGCCCAUGCUGAAGCUAGGAUUUCUAAUGCUCUUAGCUGUGCUGACCCGUGGCCUACUGCAAUCUCUUUAUGUUCUUGAUGAUGACGACUAA